UCUUUCUUCUGCUGGCCAGAAGAGAACAGUCCCUUGGUCCCUCUUUUUCCCUGUUCACUAAACUUGAUGCUCUCGAUUUGUCAUGCGCUUCAACGCCAUCGUAUGGAUCUCUCUUGCCAUUUUCACCAUCUUUGGCACAAUCGUUGACGCUGCACCCACUACCCCCGAUGGUCGCGAUGGUUUCUGGAUUGGUGAUACAUUUGUCCAUAAUAUAGGGUACCCCGAUGCCUCGAAGAAUCUUGUGAUAGUCUUCUACAACGGUGGGGUAGGCCAGUCGGGUAAAGAUCUUAUCACAAAGCUGCUGCGCAAAAUGUUUGAAGAAAGAUUGAAGAAGAAGAUUGAGCCGGGUUGGACAGAGUCCCGCAUCGCAGCUCUCAAAAUUGAAUUCAGCAACGCUGUUCCGUCAUACGGAGGUGCUGGCAGGUUAAAGAUUCGGUCUGGAAUGAUCACCUUCAGUAUUAUUGGCAAUUUUGGGAACUGUUACAAUCGGGGUUGCAGGGGCAUGGUUGAUGAUGCUGGAGAGGGACAUAUUUUUUUUGGUAACAAUGAGGAGAUUUUUUAUUCUUCUCCACACAAUAAAUUCAUGGCUAAGAUUUAGCGGAGCAUUUUUCACCGCUGCUUAUCAUGUUCCAAUGACUGGCCAUAAGUUGUCAUUACAUCUCACACCUCUCUCAACCUCCUUCGUGCUUUGGAAUGAGUGUUAUUGGAAACAAGUUCAGGGAUGUAGGCUAUGGACGGAGAAGAGAUGAGGAUCUUUGCACGAUUGAAAAGGAACUUAUUAGGCAAUGGAAUUGUAUCAACUUUUUGAGACUUCAAGGCGCUAUGAUAUCAUUUGUACUACCUGUUGCGGUUGAUGGUUCGGGUCAAAUAAUUUUAUCAUAAUCAAGUAAAAAU